UCGCUGCCAUAAUAGGUAAGGUGUUAUACCGAAAAGGAUAAUGGAGAAUCAGAAUCAGCUUCCAAAUGGCAAAAAUGCAAUGGAAGAAGAACUAAUUAGAGGGCGUGACAUGGCAAAUCAGAUUCUUGAAGUACUUGCUCAUGAUAAGGAUGAAGGGUCAACAAACUCAAAGUCAGUGUUACCAUUUGUUGAAGAUCUUGUGCGCAAGGUCUUGUGUUCAUUCACAAAUACCCUUUUGCUUUUGAACUCCAAUAACGAUGUCUCCUAUGAGGUGGUGGCAUCUAUUGCUCCCAAACAUGUCUCUUCGUCCACGAGUUCCCCAAAGCUGGAGUCUUCGGAUGAAACCUGCAAGAGUCUCAUGAACACUAAAACUAGAAGAAGAGGCUACAAGCGAAAAUCAAUUGCGCCAGCUUGGGAGAAGGACAGCUCAAUACUGAUUGAAGAUGGUUAUGUAUGGAGAAAGUAUGGACAAAAAAUGACAUUGAACGCCAAAUACCUUAGGAGCUACUACAGGUGCUCUCACAAGAAUGAUCAGGGAUGCCAAGCAAUGAAACAGGUGCAAAGAAUUCAAGAUAACCCUCCAUUGUACCGAACAACCUAUUAUGGCCAUCAUACUUGUAGAAGCCCUUUGAAUCCCGAGAUUAUUUUGGAACCUAUUUCUCCCUCUGCUUCUUCCACCUUACUUAGCUUUAAUAAUAGUUUUCAAAGACAACAAGAAAGCCCGUUUCCCUCAUCACUACUUGCAUCAACCAAACAAGAGCCCGUGGAAGUGAUUCAAGAUUAUCAUAGUGCUCAAAAUCAGUUGUCCUCACCUGAAGAUCUCCUAUUAUACGAUUAUGAUUUUUUUUUUGACUAUUCGAAGCGUGUGGCCUCGCUAUCAUCCACUGAAACCGUUGAAUUUGAGAAUGUUUAUGAGCAGUUUGGAUUUUGAUGGCUAAUUGAUAUUUGUUUCGGUCCUCAAAUUCUUUCCUGGGCAAGGCAUUAGAGAGUAUACUUCAUCUUGCCAAUUGAAAACACCUGAAAUCUAUUGUAUUGGCUAUUUGAUAGGUAGAAUCUUUUUACCUUAAAUCUUGUCAAAAUAGCAGCAAAGCUUUUAGUAUCAAAACAAUUUGUUUGCCUAUUUAUAUAUAUAAAAGAAUAGUGUUGCUUUU